AUGUCCGCAGAAAAGAAGCUUGCCGCCAUCGAGGACGACGCAACCGCUGAGCCUGGCGUGAGUGCCACUGAGGCGCCAGAGGAGACGAAGCCGGAGACAGAAGGGGCUGAGGAGACAAAGCAGGAGGCAAAGCAGGAGACUGCCGGCGCCGGAGAGGAAAAGCAGGAGGCGACGGCGAAGCACGAGAAGCACGAGGCCAAGGCAGAGGCUCCGCCUCCGCCAAUGCCAACAAGACCGGCCAAGCAGCUCUCGCAGACAGACCUCACGAUCGCCCAGCUUGUGGACGUGUUCCCGCAUCUGGACCUCAAGUACAUCAAGAUGGCGCUCAUUGCGUCCGAGGGCCGCUUGGAGCCUGCUUCCAACGCCUUGUUGUUCCUGUCGGACCCCAGCUCGGGCAUCGAGAUCCCGCAACCACACGCAGGAGCGUCUCUGGCGGCGCCGGCGGCCGCCGGCAACCCUUCGGGUCUCGAGGAGUCGGACGAGGCGCUGGCCAGACGCUUGGCAAGGGCGUACGAGAGAGGCUCGAGACGCACGUCUGUUUCCACCGCCAGGAGGGGCAAGGCCAGACCGCAGGACUUGGGUGCCGACGGCAGCCGUGUUCGUAGAACCCCUAGCAUGAACGAGCACCGCGUCUACAACAACUUUGUCGGCGACGACAACGAAGACUACGGCGCCGAGGAGGACCUGUAUGAGACGCUCACGAAGAACGUCAACGACGCCAAGCAGGUGGUGGGCGGCUGGUUCGGAAACGUGGCCAAGAAGAUCCAGGAGUCCAUGGACCAGUCUCCGGAUGGCCAGACGCAGGCGCAGAGGCAGGGCAAACAGGCGCCCCCUGUUCCAAAUAGGAGACACAGUCCUGGCCCGCAGCACGGCUCAGAAACCUACUCGAGAAGCCCAUACCAGCAGCCGCAGUCUAUCCAGCGGGGAUACUACUCGCAGAAGAACGAGUACGUGGUCAAUACCGGAGACGACGACAACGACGACGAUGCACCAAAGCUACCUGCCCGCGGCAAGGGCCAGGCGCACUUGUACCCGGCCUUGGGUGGCGGCGAGGCCCCAGUCCACAUAGAAAUGACCGAUGCCUCCGCAGACUUAGCAGACUCCCCUAAGCCAAUAGAAAAGGACGACCUGUAUACCACGAACAGUGCCAAAAUUACAAUGAACAAGAAAUCCGAACCCACCACCGCCACAAGUGCAGCCCACUCCACCGCCGCAGCCAAUUCCAAGUCAGCGGCAACGCCUGCCUCUCCCAAAAGCAAAACAUGGACGCCUUUGAAAUCCGUCGACCCAGAGCCCUCUAGUGACGCGUUUUUGGUCGACGAUAGUGAAGAUGAUGAUGAUAAAUGA